UUGUAAAAUGAAAUGUUGGUGCGCGUUACCAGUUGUUGUGUGAGGCAUGAGCAGCAGCUGUAAUGAAGAAGUGUGUUGGUGCUCGUAAAAGAGGACUGCGAUGGCGGCUGAGUGUGGAGAACACACCCCCAGCCCUCUCAGCACAAAUGGAUCCACUUCAUCGCAACCUAACUCUUCUGCCGCCGCGCACACGUGCCAACGGACAGUUUGGAGCGGACACUUGAAAUGUGCCAGAUGAGAGCAGACGCUUUCACUUUUGUCCAAUUAAAAAGUCUCCACGCACCUCCUUGCAUGUGAACGUCCACCGGUCUCCCGGCGCCCUCCACGCCCGCGCUGGUGAUGCCAUGCCGCGGGGUCACGACGGCGGCGACGAGAGCGCUGGUGGUGUCGGUGGACUCUGGCUGAAGACGACUUCCCCGGGACGCCUGGCGCGGAACUUCCCCCUCAGGGAUGUCGAGUGCGGCCAGAGGAUGAUGAACAACGCGGUUCGGAUCGGGGACGGGCUGGGUCCGCCCGGUGCCGACAUGAAGCAGGGCGCCCGGCUCAGCCUGCUGGGCAAGCCGCUGACGUACAGCGCGCAGGGCGGCCGCAGGAACGCGCGCUACCGCUGGCUCCAGAACUACCUGUACAACGUCCUGGAAAGACCCAGGGAGUGGGCGUUCGUCUACCACGCUUUUGUGUUCAUCCUGGUGUUUGGAUGUUUGGUUCUGUCUGUGUUUUCCACCAUCCCUGCUCACCAGGAGUUCUCCUCACACUGUCUGCUCAUCCUGGAGUUUGUGAUGAUUGUGGUGUUUGGUCUGGAGUACAUUAUCCGGAUAUGGAGCGCCGGAUGCUGCUGCCGCUACCGAGGCUGGCAGGGACGUCUCCGCUUCGCCAGGAAGCCUUUUUGUGUCAUGGACAUUUUCGUACUCAUCGCGUCCGUCGCCGUGGUGUCGGCCGGCAGCCAGGGCAACAUCUUCGCCGCGUCCGCCUUGCGCAGCCUGCGCUUCCUGCAGAUCGUGCGCAUGGUGCGCAUGGACCGACGGGGGGGCACCUGGAAGCUGCUGGGGUCCGUGGUCUACGCCCACAGUAAGGAGCUGGUGACGGCCUGGUACAUUGGCUUCCUGGUGCUCAUCUUCUCCUCCUUCCUGGUCUACCAGGUGGAGAAGGAAGAAAACAAGGAUUUCGCCACCUAUGCCGACGCUCUGUGGUGGGGCACGAUCACCCUGACAACCAUCGGAUAUGGUGACAAGACCCCGCAGACGUGGACCGGGAGGUUGCUGUCAGCCGGAUUCGCUCUUUUGGGAAUCUCCUUCUUCGCCCUGCCAGCUGGCAUCCUGGGCUCAGGUUUCGCCCUGAAGGUGCAAGAACAACAUCGCCAGAAGCAUUUUGAAAAAAGGAGGAACCCAGCAGCCAGUCUCAUCCAGUGUGUCUGGCGUAGUUACGCUGCCGAUGAGAACUCGGUUUCCAUUGCUACCUGGAAGCCUCAUUUGAAGGCGUUGCAUACCUGCAGCCCCGCCAAGAAAGAGCAGGGCGAGGCCGCUUACAGCCAAAAGCUGAGCUUCAAGGACCGAGUCCGCAUGGCGAGUCCCCGGGGACAGAGCAUGAAGAGCCGGCAGACGUCCAUCAACGACCGCCAGCGCUAUUCCCCCGGCAAUGAGGUGGGGGGCGGCGCCGAGCUGAUGAGCGGGAGCCCGGCCAAGGUGCAGAAGAGCUGGAGCUUCAACGACCGGACCAGGUUCAGACCCUCGCUGAGGCUGAAGAGCCAAUCACGGACCGUUGCUUCAGACGUGGACGCCGGCAUGACCACGGAGGAUUCCCAAGAUGAGAGAGGCUGCCAUUGCGACAUCACCGUGGAGGAUCUGUCCACGCCACUCAAGGGGGUCAUCAGAGCUGUCAGGAUCAUGAGGUUCCACGUGGCAAAGAAGAAGUUCAAGGAGACGCUGCGCCCGUACGACGUGAAGGACGUCAUAGAGCAGUACUCCGCGGGACACUUGGACAUGCUGUGUCGCAUCAAGAGCCUUCAGACCAGGGUGGAUCAGAUCCUUGGAAAAGGCCAAGUCCCCGUGGAUAAAAAGCUGAGGGACAAACUGAACCCGGAUGGAGAUCCUCACGAGGGCAUGAGCAUGCUGGGCCGUGUGUGUAAGGUGGAGAGGCAGGUGUCCUCCAUCGAGUCCAAGCUGGAUUCUUUGCUGGAUGUUUACCGCCAAGUCCUCCAGAAAGGUCCCUCUGGUCUCGCUCUGUCCUCGCUGCCACUUUUCGAACUGGACCGGCACCACGGCGCCGACUACCAGGCCUCCAUCAUGGACAGGGACCCGCCCUCCCCGCACGGCAGCGGGAGCGACCACGGCGCAAACCCCCGGGGACUGCGGCUCAUCUUGGCGCCCGCCGACGACGACGGCCCCCCGGACUCGGCCCCUCCGUCCUACCCCCCGUCCACCGCCUCGCUCUCCCCGUCGCCCCUGUUGCCCCCCGAUAGCCCCUACCCCACCCGGGUCACCCCAAACAGCACCAGGAGAGGGCACUUCCCCGACCUACCCCCUCCCUCGGGGGGGUUUACCCUCCAGUUGCCCCCCGUGAUGCACCCCUCCCACCUGCGCUGCCCGGCUGACCCCGACCCAGAUGAUGUAACAGAUAUAGUGCUGGCACACCGGGGGGGCCCUGGCCCCUCUGUCGUCGUGGGACCCCAGCAAGGCUUGGAGAGCGCCCAGCUCCGGGAGAAACCCGGCGCCAAAUCCGAGGCGGCCUGGAGGAGACACAUGAGCCUGGAGGUGGACCGUCUCUUGCUGCUUUCGCCCAGCCCCGACGGGACGCCCCCGGACUGGGGGUGCGCCCUCGGGAAGUCCCUCUCCAUGCACAAUCUCACCCAGCCUUCCAGCAACCGGGCCACGCCGUACGAUGACCUCAGCGACUGGGACGCAAGAGAACUCUUCAUCAGUGAGCGCAAACUGCAGGGGCCCGGCCCCCAUCAGCAUAUGGGUUUCCUGGCCCAGGACCCCCACAGGGGCCCCGCACACCUGUCGCACACUGUGGACGAGGCUGCUGCUCUCGCAGAGGAAACGUCAGACCUCCUCAGUCGGUCGCCACAUGUGCAACUGGGCUGACCACGCACACACACACACACACACACACACACACACACACACACACACACACACACACACGCACACACACACACACACACACACACACACACACACACACACACACACACACACACACACACGCACACACACAGUCACUGUAUGCCAUUCAUGAGGAGGCCACUUGACAGGAAAUGAGCUUGUUUUCCUUGAAUGUACAAACUUUUUCUCAUACAGUGGAACCUCGAUUUACGAACUUCAUUGGUACCGGAGCAGGGUUCGUAAAUCUAAAAGUUUGCACAGUGAAUCAAAGUUCCCCAUGCGAAACAAUAUCAAUGUGAAUAAUUGGUUCCUACUUCUACAAAAGUCCCUAUUAUAGUGAAGGUUUGUCUACUUUGAACACAGUAUAAAGUCCUAUACAGUACUGGAUAGAAAACCUCCGUAUGCGCUGCAUACACAUAGGAGUCCCUUUGGUGCCCUCACAAAAGAUCAGAAAUCCUAAAAAUCCUUAACUUUGAAAACCAUAUUGCCGCAAUAAUAAACAUUUAAAAAAAUAAAAGCAGACGAGAAAGUAGCAGACAGAGAGGGAGAGAAGGAAAAGGUUGGGAAAAAAGAGCUAUUUUCCUCCCUUGUGAAAUAAGUCUGCUUUGGCAUAUUUUUCCAAAAAAGUCCGCUCUCGUCACAAUUACAACUUUCUGUAGAACGAAGCCUGCUUUGUGGAUUCUUCAAUACUUGUGAGUGCCAUUAGUGUACUCCUUGCAAAUACCAUAUUUUCCGGACUAUAGAGCGCAUCAGGAUAUAAGCUGCACCCACUAAAUUUUAGAAGAAAAUUGUUUUCCCCAGUAUAUUAGCCGCACCGAACUAUAUACGUUGCGAAUUGAGUUGUUUACACACAAAGAUUUUGUAAAUGUUUAUUUACAUACCUUAACUGUUUGCAAACGGUGCCUGUAAUGCGGCAGUAAAACGGCUGAUCAAACAAAACAGAAGUCAUCGCCAUGGACCCACGAGCUGCGGAAGCUAGCUCUCCAAUCAGCUUAACAGACUCAAUAACUCCACGGUGACAGUUCAGUGAAUUUACUGAGGAAUUAGUGAAACAAUACAAAAAGAAUACCAUUGUAAGUUAAUGAUACUAAAAAAGACACUCGUAGACGUGUUAGCUCAUUAGCUAAUGCUAAUGAUGCUAGCUUGAUUACAUUACGACAGCACGUACAAAUAUGCAUGCUCCUACUGGUUUAGUAAGUAUGAAUCGUUUUAGUCACAUUGUAAAACCUACAAACGAAUGAAGAAAACUUUUCAUACCGGUUAAAGGCAUGAAAACAGGAAGUACAUUUUAAACCCGCAACACCUGCAGUAUGCGAUCUCUUCCAAAAGAGGGCGCCGUAGCACAAACAAUAACACACCAUUUCGGUCCUCUGCUUGGGUUUAAUGGAAACUAUUGAACACAAAACAUUAUGGCCGUUAGUGAAAAAAAUCCAUCAAUUAGCCGCGCCGUUUUAUAAGCCGGAGGGUUGGAAAUGUAGGAAAAAAGUAGCGGUCUAUAGUCCGGAAUUUACAGUAGAGUUUGUUUUGGUUUUUUAACUCCACGGCCAUUUCUUUCUUCUUUCCACAUUGGCCUGUUGAGUUUUGGGGACUUAUACUGAGUUAGCAAAAAUAGACAAAACUGGUCACUGAGAGGUGACUGUGGAAGACUCUGCCUCCCCACACAUGCUCCGCCCUGCUUUUUGUCUGCAGGCGUGACACAAAAUGAAAGACCGGAUGAAGGGUUCGUACAUCAGUGUCUUUCAACCACUGUGCCGCGGCACACCAGUGUCCCGUGAGAGAUUGUCAUUUCACCUAUUUGGGGUAAAAAUAUUUUUUUGCAAACAAGUAAUUAUAGUCUGCAAAUAAUAGAAUAGAAUAGAAAGUACUUUAUUGAUCCCUGGGGGAAAUUCAGCACCACAGUUUGCUCACAAUAGACAAUAAAAAUGUAGGU